CCGCUCUUUAUAUUACCAUCUUUCUGCUCAUAUCACACUCUCAUACACACACACGCAGGAGAGAGAGAAAAUUCGCCGGAAUCUUCUUUCUUCGCCGUUAUUAUUUCUUCUCCGAUCAACUUUUCUCUCUCCUAGGGUUUCUCCCUCGCAUAUUACCGGUGAUUGUGAUAUGCCGUGUUUGGUGAGAGAGAAUCUGUUCAUCGGAAACAUUAGUGACGCUGCGGAAAUUCUUGAGAAAGGAAGUUGUGAGAUUACUCAUGUAUUAUCGGUGUUGAGUUCGGCGUCGAUUUCGUUUUUUACGGAAUGGCGUAGUUCGGUUGAUAUUCCGGUAAAGGAAAUCCGGCGAGUUUUCGCCGGAGAUUCUGAGUUUGUUGGAGGUUCUAAGAGUGCGAUUUCGCCGGAAAAGCUUGUUUAUAAUUUGGAGUAUGCUGGAAAGGAUUUGAAGAUGGUGAGAAUGGCGGUGCCACUUAAGGAUACUGAGGAUGAGAAUUUGUUGGAUUAUUUAGAGGUUUGUUUGGAUUUUAUUGAACAAGGAAGGAAAAAAGGGGCUGUAUUGGUGCAUUGUUUCGCCGGUGUUUCGAGGAGUGCAGCAAUUAUUACAGCGUAUUUGAUGAGAUCUGAACAACUAUCUCAGGAAGCUGCACUUGAAUCCUUAAGACAAAGCUCUGAGUUUGUCUCACCCAAUGAUAAUUUUCUAGAACAGUUGAAAAUGUUUGAGGAGAUGGGUUUCAAGGUUGAUCAUGGUAACACCAAGUAUAAGCGGUUUCGUUUAAGAAUCUUGGGUGAUUCAUAUAACCGCGGACAUAAAAUGGACAGUUCUAAGUUUGGAGCAGAUCCUGGCUUGCCACAAGAAAUCGAGUAUCCUAAGCCAGAUGCAGUUCCAGAUUUUAAUAAAAAUUCAAAUGUCGCAUAUCGUUGUAAGAAAUGUCGGAGAGUUGUUGCCUUGCAAGAAAAUAUUGUGGAUCAUGUUCCUGGUGAAGGCAUGACAGCCUUUCAGUGGCACAAAAGGAGAAGUGGAAAUUCCUUUGACAAACCUGAUGAGUUUGGAUGCUCUUCAAUUUUUGUUGAACCGUUAAAGUGGAUGAAAGCAGUCGAAGAAGGAGCGAUUGAGGGGAAGCUGUCGUGUGCCCACUGUGAUGCUCGCUUGGGAUAUUUCAACUGGUCAGGUAUCCAGUGCAACUGCGGGAGUUGGAUCACCCCGGCAUUCCAACUGCACAAGUGCCGGAUUGAUCUCAGCACCAUCUAGUUCCCUGUCACCUUUGUAUCUUUCCACAUUCAACGCAGAAGCGGCACCAGGGGUUACAAGAGAUCAUCCCUCCAUUUUUUGAGCCAUACAAGAAGUGCUUCCUUGUGCCACAGUCCACCGAGCGUAAAAGCCUGGUGAAUCUCUACAGAAGCCACACAUCUGAUAUUUAUUUUACAACUAAACGCUGUUAUCUGGUUAUCUAUAUUACAUGAAAAUAUAUGUACACCUUUCUGAGGAACAUGUCUCUUACUGUUUCUUUACAGAAUUUGAAUAUGCCAGCCUUUUCUAAUAUAAGUUCUUGAUUAAAAGCUUGCUUUACAA